CCUGGACGAUGCUGCUCCAGUCGCUGAUGCCCAUUGGACUGCUAUUUGCGGCGCUCAGCGUGUGUCCGGCGGCAAGGGCGGACAGUCCCGCCCACAACAUACGCAACACUGGAAACUGCCAGUACGCAUCCGCCAACCACUUGGAGCUCAUUUGCACUGGCUAUGUAGGAUACGAUACCUUUGUGCGCUGGCGGGACUUUCGAGCGCCCGAGGUCGGACAUGUUCCGCUAUAGGCGCAUCAAAAUGUCGACUCUGGGCGUGUUUCUGGCGACGGACAAGAACCAGAAGACCGUAGCCCUGAUCUUCCCCUACGGGACUGUGCACUGCUUCAAGUACGGACUCCGCUACCUCAGCGAUCUGCAGAGCAGUUGCAAGGGAGGCAAGUACGAUCCAAACGAGAUUACAGCGCACCCGGUCCUACACUACGCCCAUGACAGUUUCAAAAGGCAAGCUCUGCUGUCAAAAGGACGGGCCCGUCCCACGGGGCUGAUGAUCGUGCUAUUGGUAAUACUUCUGCUCUCGGAUAACCUCUAAAUUUGUUGGCUGGUGUAUAUGGUGCUAUGAUUAAAGCCAUCUAUCUGCUCCCGACGCGUGU